AUGACGAGUGCUCCCUCCAAGAUUGAGAUACCUCCUUGGAAUCCCCCCGCGCCGUCCAAGAAGGACGAUUUUGACUGGGCGCCUCUACACACGCUUGACUUGUCGCUUAUUACCGGCGAUGAGUUUGACCAGGUACCGGACGAUCUGGUCAAGCAUGUGGGUGAUGCUUUCUCCAAGGAUGGCUUCAUGUAUGCGAUCAACCAUGGCCUUUCUUAUGAACAGGUGCUGCGUCAGUUUGCCAUUGGCCAGUACGCCUUCGACAAUGUCACCGACGAAGAGAAGCAGCGCUGCGUGGCCGACAUGCUGCAUGGUGGUAGCUUCGUGGGCUACAAGCCUAUGGGUCACUGGCAGAUCAACGGUGUCAAGGACCGCAUCGAGCAGCUCAACUUUGGCUCGCAGACCUUCACACCUGAGCAGCGCCAGCGCUUCCCUACGCAGAUGCAGGCCCUGAUUGAGGAGAUCCAUGCGUUUGCUCGCUACAACCACGAUGUGAUUCUCCGCAAGAUUUUGGCGGUCCUCUCUCUCGUACUUAAGCUGCCUGUGCACACGCUCUGGAACCUCUCUCGCGACCAUGAGACCAAGGGUCUUGACUUGCUUCGUUAUGCCCUAUACCGCCCGCCGCCGAAGGAGGAUGACCAGGCCCUGGGCGGCGUGCGUCUUCAGGGUCACAGUGACUUUAACAGUGUCACGAUUCUCUGGUCGCAGCCUAUCACGUCCUUGGAGGUGCUCAUGCCUGACAACAAGUGGCGCAUGGUCCGCCACCGUCCGAAUGCCAUUGUACUCAACAUGGGUGAUGCAAUCCACUUCCUGUCGGGAGGCUACCUGAAGCAGACGAUCCACCGCGUUAUUGCUCCUCCGGAGGAUCAGCAGCACCUUAACCGCCUGGGUGUGUUCUACUUUGCUCUAUUCAAUGACGAUGUUCCUUUGGAGCCUCUGGUCCAGUCAGAACUGGUCAGGAAGGCGUACGAGGGCAAAGACUUCUGGGCCGAGCGACGGGCUCAGGGGCUGCCACCGCCCACUGCGGGCGACUGGGAGCGCAUGCGUGUACGGGCCUAUGGUCAAGGCGGCCAGAAGAAGGGAUUGGAUGGCCACGACCACGAAAAGAUCGCUGGCGUGGAUGUGACGCUGUAUAACACCGUUGAACAGCCCGUGCCCAAAGUCGGACCGGCUGAGCGGGUGGGGCACAGCCUGCCGGCUGUGCCUGUUGCGGCCAACUAA